UAUCUUUGCCACUCCUAAUAUUUUGCUCACCAUUUCAUCUACAAACAAUGGUUUCCUCCACACUCCAAAUUCUCUCCCAAGCAACAACUCUUCAUCUAAACCUCUUGCACCCAAAUCAAACUUUCUACAUAUCCUCACACCCAUCACCUUCAUUCCCUCUACCACAUCAAAAACUCUCCCUUAUCUCAACCAAAUGCACUACAAACUCCUCACUAUCACAACCUGAACCAGCUGAUAACUUCCCAACUCCAAGCCCAGAGUUUGAGGCCACAACCCCACCAGACCAGUUUCCCAUUGAGAAGAGAAGGAAGUCUGAAAUAAUCAGGGAUCGAAAGGCUCGAACCGGAGUCAUAAAACCAGAGCCUCCAAACUUUGAGAUAGGAUGGAAGAGGACUAAACCAAUCAAUCUAGAAAAACCAACUGGGUAUGUGAUCAUGGAUUUCUUAGACAAGUUUGAAGGGUUAAUGGAUAGAGAGUUCGGUUCGAUAGAGCUUCUUGCUAAGGCAGGGGAGAUAGUAGCUGAAAGAGCAAGAGAAGAAGCUGAAGUGUUAAGAGAUGAAGGCAAAGUUGAAGAUAGAAUGGUUACUGAACUUUUUAGAGUUUUGAAGUUAAUGGAGAUGGAUUUAGCAAUGGUUAAAGCUGCUGUUAAAGAAGAGACUCUUAUUGAAAGGAUUCAACAAGCUAAGGCUAGGUGCAGGCAAGCUAUAUUGGUUGCCAAUUCUUUUUGAUCAUUGUUUCAAAAGUGCCAUAAUUUUGGCAAAAUGAUGGUCAUAUUUAUACAUUGUAGUUUGUCA